UCGGGAAGAUCUUGAUUAUUUCUCAGAAAUUGAGUAUACUCCUCGAAUAUCUCUAUCGUGUUGUACAUAGUAUCUAUAUGUUUAGUGUCCAAGUCAUCAUUCUCACUUUCCUGUCCCGUAUUUCGCCCCGUUAUCUUCAUAGCCUCAGCCUCAGGGCUUAGAAAGUUACUAGAUGACAACAACAGGCACAGGCUCAAGAGAUACACUUCCAAGUGAAGCAUUAUUUAAGUUAGACGAAUGUUAAAAGGUUUUUGAAAAAUAAAUUACUCAAACAUAACAAUAGGACUUAUAUAAUAUAUUUUAAAAACGUAGUUCUGUUGUUUUUGGGUCUGGUGAACGCACAUAUAUGAUGGAUGAUGUUCAUCUUUCGGGGCUUUACUAUUUUUUGUAUAAAGUAUAAUCGUCUAUUUGUUUACAGCGGUAUAACCUUGAACUUUGACAAACUAUAUAGAGAAACAGCUGACAGUGAUUUCUUAAAUGACAAAUGACAGACCAUGCCUCCCAUCAAAUUGAGGUUAAAAGGGCUACCUGGAUAUGGGUAUUUUCAAAUAUAAAACUGACACUUAUAAAAGAUUUCAAUAUGCAAUUGUGUUAAUAAUCUAAGAAAUAUAUAACAUACGAUUAAACAAAAUAGUGAAUUAUGUACCUAAUCAUUUAUGUGCCAGGCAUUCAAAUCUUUCAAGUCUAGUAUUUCAGAUUUUGACGUUGACUUUUAUCUGAAUGACAGUUAGAAACACCGACUUUGCCGAAAAUUACGAAAAUUUUGACAAUAACCACAAAACUUUGUAUUUAUAAAAUAUUCGAGGGCAAAAGUAACAUAAAUAGUGUUGAAGAAAUCGGCAAUCUAAUAAGAGUGGUUAAAACCACUCUAUAACCUAAAAUGUAUCGUGUACCGGUUAAAAGUGGAAUUAGCUUGCAGCGGCUCUUGGUUCGACAGAAACAUUCGAGUUGUUCCAUAAGGAGUUCUUUUAUAGAAUAUUUUGAAGUAAAUCAUGGGCACAAACAUGUUAAAUCGAGCUCUGUUGUCCCGCUGUACGAUCCCACCGUGCCCUUCGUCAAUGCUGGCAUGAAUCAGUUCAAAGGAGUGUUCCUUGGCAAAGUGGCUCCCCCUUGUGCUAGAGCUGUGAACUCGCAAAAAUGUGUGAGGGUAGGUGGGAAGCACAAUGAUCUGGAUGUAGUUGGCACUGAUGGUCACCAUCACACCUUCUUUGAGAUGCUUGGCAAUUGGUCAUUCGGAGAUUAUUAUAAGAAAGAAGCCUGUGAGAUGGCAUGGCAACUGUUGUUGGGACCAUAUGGAUUGAAACCAGAAAACUUGGUGGUCACAUACUUCUCCGGAGAUGUAGCAAUAGGACAAAAGAUGGACACAGAUUGCAGGGAUAUCUGGAGAAAAAUUGGUGUAGCAGAUAGUCGGCUAAUGGCAAGAGGUGCCAGAGACAACUUCUGGGAGAUGGGCACAACGGGACCAUGCGGACCAUGCACCGAGAUACACUUUGUAAAUCCAGACGGAUCACUCACUGAAAUCUGGAACCUUGUCUUUAUAAAUUCUUUCAGAGAUGACAACGGCAAAGUGAAUAGUUUGGCGAAGUACCACGUCGAUACCGGCAUGGGUCUAGAACGUAUGGCCGCCAUCCUGCAAGGAGUUCCUUCUAAUUACGACACAGACUUAUUCCAGCCGCUCAUCAAAGCUAUUGAGAAGAACAGUAAAGGAGUGUCUCCGUACGGUGGUAGCUACGCUCCUGAUGCAGUACUGGACGCUGCCUACCGAAGACUGGCAGACCAUGCUAGGAUGAUCGGCGUCUGUCUUGCUGAUGGAGUCUUUCCAGCUACUAGCUUAAACUUAAAACAAAUAAUGAGGAAAUCGUUCAAAAUAUCGACCGAUGUAUUUCAAAACCCCAAACUGCCCAGGAUCCUAUAUGAUGAGGUUGUUGAGACCCUGGGCACGACAUACCCGGAGUUAGUGACAAAGGAAAUCGACGCUAAGCUGAUCAUAGACCAUGAGGAGCAAGGGUAUGCAAAGAUGAGGUCUGGACUGAAGAAGAAGAUGAGGGAUCUGGUGAAACAGUACCCUGAGGUGGAAACCUUGAGUGAUGUGGAACUGCCAGGGUUUGUGCAAGGAUAUAAGGAGCUUAAAGAGACAAUGGCCAAACAAAAAUCGACCGAAAUACCAGGGGAUUUAGUCUUCAAAUUGUACGAUACGCACGGCUUACAAGAAGACUUGAUCAAACGCAUAGCCGACCUGAACAAAUUGAGUAUUGACAACAAAGGUUUCUGGUCACUCUUGGCGAAACAUAAGGCGAGACACAAGACCGCUAUCAAAGAGCAAGAUAACAGGGGCCAGUUAUUCGACGAAGCCCUAAAAAACCUUCGAAGCAACGGCUACGUCAACACAAACGACCAACCGAAAUACGAUUACAUACAAAAAGAACAAAAAAUAGAAUUCAAAACUUUAAAAACGAAGAUAAUAGGCAUUUUGAAUGAGGAUCUAGAUUGGAUCGAUUUCUUGGACCCUUGCAGCGACCGACCUUAUUACAUAGUGACCAAAGACACGAACUUUUACUGUGAAGAAGGGGGUCAGGAAGCUGACAGAGGCGCCAUCUAUUUUAACCAAAACAUGGUUAUGGAGGUGGACAGUGUUUUUAAGUUACAAGACUUUGUGUUCCAUAAGGGUCAUUUUUUGUUAACGAAUGAGAAAAAAACGAAUUGUGUGCACUGUGAUAUGGAUGUGGAAUUGGAGAUUGAUGAAGAACGGCGUCUGAAGCUGAUGCAGAAUCACACUGGAGUCCAUCUGCUAAAUGCUGCGGUUCGAAGGGUUCUGUCGAAGAGUGCGAUCUGCCCUACUGGAUCCAGUGUGACGGAGAACGGAUUAUCCCUCAAUCUGUCUGUUUAUGGAGAGAAGCUGUCGCAUAAAGUGAUGAUGGAUGUACAAGAUCUUAUUAGGGAAUCAAUAAAAUGCAACGCGCCUAUAGACACGCGUAUCGUGGACAGUGUUCAGCUGUCCCGGGAACCCGGGGUGGUGACUAUCCCGGGGGAAACUUAUCCCGAAGUAGGACUCCGUCUCGUCACUGCUUUCCCACCUCUAGUUUCCAAGGAGCUAUGUUGCGGUACGCACUUGCCAACGACGGGCGCGCUGGGCGAGUUCUGCGUGACUAGUGUCAAGGGAGCUGGCGGGCAAACACCCUGUAUACACGCCCUCACCGGGGAUAAAGCUAAACAGGCUCGCGAACUGUUCUGUCGAGCUGAAAAGCUGGAGCAAGUUAUAGAUCUGGUAGACCCUGACAGGAAGAAGGAGGAGAUCUCUCUCAUUAGGAAUGAACUGUCUUCCCUUUGCGGCACUAGUGGCGCCCCCUAUGGAGAAUACGCUAAGUGUCUGGACCUACUGGACAGUUUCUCCAAGCGAGAGGUCCAUAAAAAUGAUCUGGCUUUGCAUUCAAUGGCGUCGACGGAGAUAUCGGAGGUGGUGUCGCAGGCGGAGCGCGAGGGCCGCCGGUUCGUGGUGCACUUCGUGCGCGUGUCGUACCUGAUGGCGGGCCCGGCCGCGCAGGCCGCGCUGGCGCCGCGCCGCGCGCUGCCCGCCAUGCUGCUCGGCUGCGCCGGCGGGGUACUCGUCGCCGCCUGCUCCGUGCCACCCGAGAUGGUGACGCAGUCGUUCACGGCGCGGACAUGGUUGGGAUGCGCGGCGCGAGUGUUCGGGGCCACGUUACAGGGGGAUGACCACGACCAUACACACGCCAUCAUGACGCCUUCCAAGGUGAGCCUAAUAAACUGCGAGCAACUAGUUCAAGACGCGAUGCGAGUCGCGAUCAAAUUCGCCCAGUCACACAUCAAGGAGAACACGGAACAAUCUAGAAACACGCAGAAUAGACAACAGAAUUGAUGUACGUAAUAACAGACUGACGGUCUUAUUUAUACCAUUAUUAUAAUUUUGGUAACUAUAGCAUGUUUAAUCUCUUUUGUCAAACAUGCAAAAUUAUUAAGAAUUGCGUCUUGCCCACUUUCGAGAGUUCUCGAGUGGUUUCGAGCCGCUACCGGGGCUCAUAAACAUAGCGAAUGACGUCGAGAAGCCAACAGCUUUGCCACUGUUAUAGCUCAAAGGAGUUCUGUAACUGUAACAGGUUAAUCGUUUUAUAAUUUGAAUAUUGUGGUGUGAUUAACGAUGAAAGACCUUAGUAAUUAAUUCCUAGAUUUAGACAACUUUAGUCUAGAAACGUAGACUGGAUAUAGACUAAAUUUGUUAGUCUAUAAAUGGUCAAAGAUUAUAUGUCUUUGUUUUCGGUGAAUGAUUGUUUUAAAACUCUUUAUUCAUAAAUUUGCAUUAAAUUAUGAAGUAUUGUUUAAUAUUUUUGUAGGAAAUUCUGAAUGUUAUACGGAAUUCUUAUAACCGUAAUAAAUUAAACGUAUUGUAUCUAUUUAUUUUCAUUUUUAAACUUUAAAAGAGGAUAUAAAUAAUGAAAGCACAUUGUAAAGCAAAGCAUAUUAGCUAUGUACCAAAAUAUUAUAUUAUGACACGUACGUGUGAUAGUAUUUAGCGAAUAUACUUUACCGCCAGAUAUUUAGCAACAGG